AAUACCCUACUUUGAUUUAUGCGUAGGAGACCGUUUAAUUGAACUGAUGCAUCCGGUUUGUCUAUGUAUUUGACUUUGCUUCGUUUGACUUUGCUCAGCGGUACUCCAAGGGAAAGGACUGUUGGGGAGGCGAUACAACAGUAAAACGAUGUAUGAGGUGGAUGAUGACUCGGGCAGUGAUGAUGGGUGGACAAGACGUAACAGAAACGUAUAUAAACUGGUGCAAGAUUUAAAUCGAGAUAAAUCAGCAGAGAGUGAGACGGAUGAUAACACUGACAGUGAGAUGAGUGAUGACAGAUACAGUGAAGCGGAUGAUGAUACGGACAAUGAAGCGGAUGAUAAGAACGAAGGUGGUGAUGAAUCACCCUCGACGGGAGCGAACGUUGAGCCUCAAAGAAGAAAUGGUGAAGAUUUGGAGAGCUAUAACGAUCAAGUCUGGGAUACUACUAGAGUCGCGCCCAACGGGCGAAGCAUGGGUAGUGGCCGGUACAGAACCAGUCAGGAAAUUGCAGUAAAAGAUCUUGUCGAAGACAUGCAAAAGGCUAUUUCAACUAAAAAAAUAAGUUUAGCAAGAAAUAUAUUAAACCAGAUUGAAGAUAACUUACAGAGCUAUAACGAUCCAGUCUGGGAUACUACUAGAGUCGAUCCCAAUGUGCGAAGCAUGGGUGGGGUCUGGUACAGAACCAGUCAGGAAAUUGGAGUUUCCGAGAGAUUUCUUAGCCCCGGGUGCAUCUUAGAAAAAGAUCUUGUCGAAGAAAUGGACAAGGCCAUUUCAACUAAAAACGUAGAUUUAACAAGAUUAAUAUUAGAACAGAAUAAAGAAAAAUUAAAGAAACGUCAAGUACGCAGGAUGGUGAUGGUUGCCAUAAAAGAGAGACAUUAUGAGUUUGUCAGUUUAUUUAUAGAAACUGGUUUGCUGAAAAAGAAGUUUAUAACAGCCCAAGACAUAAGAGAGUUAUACGAGAAUAUUAAAGAUAUAGAGAGUUUAAUGAAAGCAGAUAUUUUUCAUGGAAUCAAGAUACCAUUGGAAGAGGGUGAUAAAUUACCAGAAAAUACAAGAGGAAUAGAAUAUAUAUUUGUGUAUUGUCUGUUGGUGCCUGAUCACGAAAUGGCAAAACUAUUAUGGACAGAGUUAGACGAACCAUUAGCCUUUGCAGUGUUUGCAGAAAAUAUAUACAGAAUUGUAGAUGAGAACAGAAAAGACUACGAUGAACAUUCAGAAAAGUUACGACAGAAUGGACGGGAAUUUACAACACUGGCCAUCAAAGUGAUCGAUUCUUUGCAUAGAGAAGGGUGUAGUAGUGAAUCUUUAAUCCGAAAGCUGACAAAAUUAAAAGAUAAAUCUUGUCUAACAGCGGCCGCAGGCAACAAACACUUCAUGUCUAGGCUUGCUUGUCAGGAACUCCUGGAUGAUAUUUGGUGGGAUCGUGUUACAUUGCGAGAAGCUCUAUCAGUGGAAAAAAACAACCGGAAAGAUUGUGGAUCAUUAAUGGUUUGA